CGGCUAAAAGCAUCGCGGACCGAAAAAAGUUCACGGCUUUUACGAAACUUCAAUCUACGAUCUGAAUCUGGGGGUAUCGUAUCCUCUUUGCCGGACAACCUCCCUCAUAUCUUACCUCAAUUGGUCACAAUGAAGCGGAUACCACGAUUAAGGCGACCCUCCGGUCUGCUUAUAUCAACAACAUAUUCUCCAAUCGCUCCUCUAGUCGGCCAAUGCACGCCUGCAUCUCAGACCAUCUCGAAUUCGCAUCGUAGGCCGAUACCUACGACUCUUCAACGUUCAUCAUCCCUCCGAUUCUACUCGACUGAUAAACAGCCGAUUACACAGAGCCAAAGUCCUACCCCUAUUGUCGAAGAAGUACCAAAAGAAGAGGUUGAGGUUGCAUCGCUGGCCGAAGAGGAGGUAUACGAACCGGAAAGUUUUACUCCGACGCAGUGGCAGACGUAUGUUCCACCACCUCGGCGUAGCUAUGCCGAGCGGUUAGACGAUAUUUCAGAUCCAACCUACGUACCCGCGUUAACGGCAGAUGGCUUGGAAUCGGUCGGUGGGUUACGAAACUGGUGGGACAAACCGGGCAAUUGGACGGCCGAUUUCGUCGGUUUCAAGCCGCUGAACUCCGUUCUUGACCCCGCCGUCCUCGAAACUUCGGUACGGCGUGCCGUUAUAGAGGCGUUUGCGCUGAAGCAAGCGGGGAGAGAAGACGAACUAGUGAAAGCAUGGCCGAUAGCUGGGGAAGACGAAUUACAUCGUCUUCUGAGUGUGGAGAUCAGCGUAGCACCUGACGGUGCUGUGUCGCUGACUGGAGAUGUAUCUGCAGUCUUAGACUCGCUAGUCCAAAAGAGCGAGUCUACUGUGAGCGAGGAGUCUGUUGGAGAAAGCACAAGCGUGCCGGUGCCCUCAGCAGAACAAGCCCAGAAGUACAAGGGCGCGUGGGGUCAUGGAUGGAAGGCCGUGUCUCUGUCGGAUCCUCGGAUCAAGUUCGCUAUCACGAAGCGGAUUUUCCAGCUCACUGGCCACCUGGUUCACGACCACCAGCUAUCUAGCAUUACAGAUGUCCGGUCACUGAUCCACACGGUGCAAAAGCCUCCCAAGCCCAAGACCCUGACUGAGGAGAUCCAAGAACGCCGGCAGGAUCUUGUGCAGAUCCCCAACGUGUCCUUCGCGACGAAGCGCAUUACGCGCGGCGACAGGGAGAAGGCGGUUGGAAGAUUCAAGCUCAUAGAAGAGGAACUCAAGAAGAGAGAUUUGCCUCUCGUGGGCCACGGCUUUGUAAGCAAGAACAAGGAGAUGUCGCGGUUCAGGGGCGGAGUCUAGUAUCCAUGCGAGACGCUAUGUACCAAUAUGUCGAAAUGCGGUAUUUGUCAACUCUAGCCUUGUACAUACAUAUAGAACCAACAAUACGAUAUGGCGUUCGACUAAUGCAAAU